UAUGUAUACUAGGCUCUGCUCAGUCUCUUGUUUCAAGUUGCCUCAUGGUUUCCGAAGAAGUGUCCAGGGAAACUCUAAGCCGGAGGUCGUUCAAGGGAAAUUGCUUCAUUUUUAGUGCCAGUAUGAUCUAGUUGUUGUCACGGAUUGUCAUUCCUGCCGCCUGCGUUCGUUGGUCUUCCUACCGUCGUCAGCGGCAGCACCCACAGCAGACGCACAUAUAAAACUCUCAGUUUCUCUCGUUCUGUUUCCGCUCCUCUUUCUUUCUCUCUCACUCUCGCCCUCUCUCUCGGCCUGCCUUUCCCUCUACCAUAUCGUUCUGUGCUAUCGUGCUUCUUUAAGCUAGCAUCAGCAGCGGGCACCAGUCACCAGCCGCAGCAGCAAGAGGAGCGAAAACAACCGACUAGCAGCUCUCAACGGCUGGGUCACAGCGGCUACUGUGUGGCUGGUGGAGCUGGAAGUCUUGUGGCUGUGCGUCUGACUAUAGCUGACACUGUUUCUAUAUAUCUGUCUGCUUGUCUGUCGGUUGGAGGGUCGGUAUUCGCUGUUAUUGGCCACCAUGCCAUAUUGCCCCAUUCAGUGACUGCGUUCUGUCGCUCUGUAGACCAAGUUAAUGGCGCCGAUUGAUAACCAGUGAAGACUGCCAGUGAAGACUGCUCAGCUCGCCUGCUGUCUGCCUGUCUAUUGCUGCGUUGUCGACUUAUUGUCUUUGCCGUUUGUUCUCGGUGGCGCUGCAAACAGCCCGCUGCGAGUCUGCUCAUUCGUGAAGUCUCCUUCUCGCUGGCGCCGCCGCUGCCGCCGCCGCCACCGCUAGCCGCGUGUGUUCUGUUCUGUGCCUCUACUACUACUACCACGGUAGUGAUACGGUGGUGUGGUGCUGCUGCCGCUCGUAGUGGUGGUGCUAACUGUCUCUGCAGCCGCUGCCGUGGCCACCCUCGUUAACGCUGUCGCUGUUAUUGUAAUGAGUGUAGUGUCCGUCUGUGGAUCUGUAUACGAGUUCGUCUAUGCCUGGCUUUGAGUCUGUACGAUCAUGAUGCUGUGACCGUGGUCUUAGCGGUAAUCCUGCUGUUGUUUGUUGCCUCCUUUUGCUGUUGCUGGUAAGCAGUGGCUCUCUGCUAGCGCUGCUCCCGUCGUGGCGGUAGUAGAGUUGCUGAUCCCGUCAAGCUCUCGCCUUAUCCCACCCUGUUGUCCAGCGCUUAGCAGGGCAGCAGCAUUGCUAGUGGUAGCGGUGGCAAGCGAUCGUCGUCCAUACCAAAGCAGCACUCACAGUCAGUUGUGUUUUUCGUUAACAGUUGGCUCGGUGACGUCCUGAUUGAGCUUACUUGUGGUUGUGAUUCCGCUGGCUCCAGAGCUGGUGCCUCAGCUCGGCUGUUACGGCGGUGGCUGGUGGGGGCCUGCAGUGGACGAGAAUAUCAACAACGACGAUGACGACGACGACGACGACGACAACAGCCGAAUGAUUUCCAUUUGAAUGCAUGUGGGACGUGGCGUGUAUAGUGUUAGAGUAUACUUUGCCGAUGGGUCGACGACACCGUGUAGGUUGAAUGUCGAGCAGAUUGAAUUGAGGAAUUAGAGUGCAACAAUAAUCGGCGUCUACGUGCGUGUUAGUUGUUGUUGUGGCCUCUGCGGCCACUUCCCGAUUUGAAUAGUGUCCGGAGGAAUCGGAGAAAGAAGGAAGGAAACGGAUUACUUGGAACGUUGAACAAAUUGUAUGAACAGCGACAAAACAAGAGGAAAAGAAAGUCGGGAAAAGAUUAUCGACUAUCGAAAUACUAUUGUUACUAUUACUACAACAAAACGUAAAGCAUUGGCUACCAUAACGAGGCCACACGGAUAUUGUGCGUGUGUUUCACGAUCAGGUGACGAGUUUUUCUGAAGCGAACAACGGCAACGAGAAAGACAGACCGAAUAGGCGGAUAGCGCCGAACUCGCACAUGCAUCAAGACGAACUUCGCUUCUGUUCGAAGGCGAGUGAAGGCGACCCUCCCUAGCACGACGUCGAUCCGGUAACGCCAGCCAACGGCUAGCGACAACACAUUCGUGGUUUGAUGGGGGUUGAUAUAAUUGCUGCCGGACCCGGUGGAGAUCAUCACCGCAGUAACAGCAGCAGCGACGAAUGUCGCGGCGAGCUUAGCCCAGUGUCGGUGGCGAUUUUGGCGUCGAUGAAUGACGUCCAAGCUGAUGGCGACGAAGUUGGGCGGAGUUGUUGAGCGGCGAAAUCGUUGAGGCGCCCGGUCCCUCUCUAGUCCGUUUGGGGGGACCUCAAGCCAGUUGGUGUGGGGUCGUCCCUAGGGACCAAGGCCGAUGAAGGGUGGCCAAGACAGAGAGGAGGGUGCCGCGGGACCCGUGGCAAGCGGAGGCAGUCUUGAUGGGGCUGGUAGCCAAGCAAAGAUUAAGCCUGCCUCCAAGAAAAGAAAGAGCGAGGCCACUAAAGCUUCCUCGGCUGGUCCAGGAAGUCUCAAGAAGGCCAAGGAGUCAGCCAAAGAUGCAGGCCAAACGAGUAACAGUAGGCUCGCUGGUGGAACCAAAAAAGCAGCGAAGGAUAAGGAGGCCAGCGGUAAGGACAGAGAUGGCGCUACUCCUAAGGCCAAAGAAUCCAACAAGAAGAAGAAAGACACCUCAGCGACGCAACAGGGUCAACAGCAGGCACCGCAGACCAAGUCAAAGGACAAGAAAAAAGUGGUGGGUGCUGGACCUGCAGGGGCGGCAAGCGCUAGCGACAAGAAAGUCAAAAAGACUUCAGAGUCCGUCAAAAAGAAGAAAACUGUAGCUAAUGGUAUGGCAAUGAAAGAAGAUAAUAAACGACAACGCAAGGAUAAGGACGAGUCGAUCCCGAAAGAGGGGAACUCGGUGGGCAGUGCAGUCGCCUCAAACGGUUGGGGGUUUGGAACCGAGGUGCUUACGUGUUUGCCCAGGAGAGUGGCCAGCCUCAAUGCGAUGGCUAAAGUGCACAUCAUGUACGAAAACGAGACCAAUCGUUCUACUUCACAGCAUAGCUCGAACAACAAUGCCAGCAGUAGCAGCAGCAGCAGCAGCAGCAGCAAUCAGAAUAACAGUAACAACAACAACAACAACCAGCAAUCUGAACACAGCGAGCUCGGCGACUGCGACUCACAGCUCUAA